CUCCUCUUCUUCCUUCUUUCAUCAGUGGUUGCAGUGCACACGCACGGACAAACAAACAAACUUCCGGCAGAUCGCGUCACACUCACACCAAGUUAAUUACCUGCCGUGGGGGAAGGACAGCCGUUUCCGUGAACCACCGGAGAAACUCUACAAUUCGGCCCCGUUUUCGUGGGAUUUGCGCAAGGUACGUGCAGCCGGCCGGAGCACCAUGGAUGUGGAGGGUGGUGUGCAGCCCAGGAGCAAGAAGAGUUCUUGGGGAUGGCAGAAAGGGACGCUUCUACUGGCAUACCAGAGCUUCGGUGUAGUGUACGGCGACCUCUGCAUAUCUCCAGUGUACGUGUACAAGAACACAUUUUCUGGGAAACUUCGUCUCCACGAGGAAGACGAAGAGAUCCUCGGCGUGCUGUCCUUGGUCUUCUGGAGCCUCACCCUCAUACCUCUCCUCAAGUACAUCAUCCUGGUCCUUGGAGCUGACGACAAUGGAGAAGGUGGGACGUUUGCAUUGUACUCGCUGAUGUGCAGGCGCUCCAGGAUGGGCCUGCUGAACAGCUUGCACGCCGGCCAUGGCUCCUUGUCGACGUACAACAAGGACGAGCCCUGCAAGGAGUCAAGGAGCAGCCUCAUUAUCAGGGGAUUCUUCGAGAAACAUUACUCGCUACGGGUCGUGCUGCUGCUCUUCGUUCUCAUGGGCACCAGUAUGGUCAUCGGAGACGGCGUCUUGACCCCGACAAUGUCAGUGUUGUCAGCUGUUUCUGGCCUCAGAAUCAAGUUCCCAGAGCUACAUGAAAAUUACACCGUGCUAGUUGCAUGCAUCGUUCUAGUAGGACUUUUCGCGCUCCAGCACUAUGGAACACACCGUGUCGGUUUCCUGUUUGCUCCGAUUCUGAUUUCCUGGCUCGCUUGCAUUGGCGGCAUUGGGAUUUACAACAUUUUGAAGUGGAACCCUAGUGUUGUCCGUGCUCUGUCCCCAUAUUACAUAUACAACUUCUUCAGGAAGGCUGGCAAGGAUGGAUGGAGUUCACUUGGAGGAAUUGUUCUCUGCAUUACAGGUGCUGAAGCAAUGUUUGCUGAUCUUGGGCAUUUCUCAAAGCUUUCACUGAGGCUUGGGUUCACAAUUGUUGUGUAUCCUUGCUUAGUUCUGGCUUACAUGGGUGAGGCUGCUUAUUUGUCUAAACACAGGGAAGAUCUCCAAAGUAGCUUUUACAAAGCUCUUCCAGACCGUGUGUUCUGGCCGGUUCUGAUCAUCGCGACGCUGGCCACCGCCGUGGGGAGCCAGGCGAUCAUCUCUGCCACGUUCUCCAUCAUCAGCCAGUGCCGGGCCCUGGGAUGCUUCCCGCGCAUCAAGGUGGUGCACACGUCCAGCCAUGUGCACGGCCAGAUCUACAUCCCGGAGGUGAACUGGACCCUCAUGUCCCUCUGCCUCGCCGUCACCAUCGGCUUCCGAGACACGGAGAUGAUCGGGAACGCCUACGGCCUCGCCGUGAUCUUGGUGAUGUUCGCGACGACAUGCCUGAUGUUCCUGGUGAUCACCACGGUGUGGAACCGAUCGGUCGUGUGGGCAGCGCUCUUCGCCGCCGGCUUCGGAUCCGUGGAGCUCCUCUACCUCUCGGCGUGCCUUGCCAAGGUGCCCCACGGCGGCUGGCUGCCGCUGCUGCUCUCCCUGGCCACGCUGCUCGUCAUGUCGGCGUGGCACUACGGCACGGCGAAGAAGCAGGAGUACGAGCUGCAGAACAAGGUGUGCCUCGACCACCUCCUCGGCCUCAUUGGCUCCGGCAGCAUGGGCCUCGUGCGCGUCCCCGGUGUGGGAUUCGUCUACUCCGACUCCGGUGCCGGCGCCACCGGCGUGCCGCCCAUGUUCGCGCACUUCGUCACCAACUUCCCGGCGUUCCACCGGGUGCUCGUCUUCGUGUCGCUGCAGACGCUCACGGUGCCCAAGGUGCCACCGGAGGAGAGGUUCCUCGUGGGCAGGAUCGGGCGGCCGGAGUACCGGCUGUUCCGCUGCGUCGUAAGGUACGGGUACAAGGAAGGGAGGUGGGACCACUUCAACUUCGAGAACCAGCUGCUUGUGAAGGUGGUCGAGUUCCUCCGACUGCAGGCAGAUGGCGCCGACGGCGAGCGGUCGUCCAGUGCCUCCGGCGAGAUGUCGGUCAUACCAGCGGCGCCCAGCCAGGCCGUCGUGGACGCGCUGGCGUCCAUGAGCUCCUGCGAGAUCGACUACGCCAGCAACGACAAAGGCUACAGCAAGAAGGUGCGGUUCGAGGAGAUGCCGGCGGCGGCGGCAGCGUGGAGGAGAGAGGAGACGAGGUCGGAGGUGAGGGAGCUGCUGGAGGAGCGGGAGGCCGGGGUGUCGUACAUGGUCGGCCACACCUGCGUGUUCGCGCACGAGUCCUCGUCGGCCGUCAAGAAGUUCGCCGUCAACGUUGUUUACGGGUUCCUCCGGCGUAACUCACGGAGGCCCGCCGUCGUUCUCGGCAUCCCCCACACGUCCCUCAUCGAGGUCGGCAUGGCGUACAGGGUAUGACAUACCCAUGGCUCCUAUCUCGCUUGCCCCCCAUCGCUCGCUCGCUCAAGAAGAAGAAGCGUAGUUGUAGACUUAACUGUAACUGAAGAUAACUGAAGUGAACAUACAGCAUCGGUUCAGGAAACAGAAUAACGACACCUUGCUGCUGAAAAGGAAAACAGAGCAUACUAUUAUGAAAAUUCAGUUCGGCUCCUGAUGCAUAUG